AUCCUCGAGGUCGUAAAAAGAAACGAAGUCGUCAUCCAACUGCUCCUAAACAUCCAAUGUCUGGUUUCUUAUUUUAUGCAUUAGAAAUGAGACCUCAUGUUGCUGAACAAAAUCCUGGUAGUACGGUCGGUCCAAUUAGUAAAAUUAUUGCUGGUCAUUGGAAGAAUUUAACACCCGAACAAAGAGCUCCUUGGGAGAAAAAGGCUUCUGAUGACAAAGCUCGAUAUGCGAGAGAAAUGGAGCAAUAUCUACAAUCUCAAAAAGAUGAAGA